UCAAAAACAAACCCUCAAAAAAAACCCUUUGAUCAUCACCAUGUGUAACCAAACUCAACAAACCCAUCUUUAUUUCCAUCUUCUAGACCCAGAAAAACACUAUCUUUCAGUAUCAGAGAUCAUUAAUGAAACUAAAUCACUGUUGCGGUUAGCUUUUCCUAUAAUCUUAACAGGUCUCAUUCUCUAUUCACGUUCAAUCAUUUCCAUGCUUUUCCUCGGUCAUCUGGGCGACAUAGAACUCGCCGCCGGUUCAUUAGCCAUAGCAUUUGCCAACAUUACUGGUUAUUCAGUUCUAUCAGGUCUCGCGUUAGGGAUGGAACCACUUUGUUCACAAGCUUUCGGUGCUCAAAAACCCAAACUUUUAUCAUUAACCCUUCAUCGUUACAUUGUUUUUUUAUUAUUUAUAUCGAUUUUAAUAUCAUUUCUUUGGGUGAACAUGUUUAAUAUCUUUGUUUAUCUUCAUCAAGAUCCUAAUAUUACUCGAAUUGGUCAAAAAUAUUUGUUUUUUGCCUUACCGGAUUUAUUUACACAAUCAUUGUUUCAUCCCAUCCGCAUUUACCUUCGUGCACAAGGUAUUACCCAUCCGGUAACUUUAUCAACACUCAUCUCCACCGUCCUUCAUUUGCCCAUCAAUUUAUUACUCGUUUCCCAGUUCGGGUUCGGUGUCGCCGGCGUAGCGGCUUCCGCUUCUAUAUCAAACUUCUUCGUCCUUGUUUCACUUGUUGUUUACGUUUGGACUGCCGGUUUACAUGAACCCACGUGGGAAAAACCGAGUUUCGAAUGUUUGACCGGCUGGAGGCCGCUGCUUAAGCUAGCUGCGCCGAGCUGUGUUUCGGUUUGUUUAGAAUGGUGGUGGUAUGAGAUUAUGAUUGUUCUGUGUGGGCUUUUGGUAAAUCCAAAAGCGACGGUUGCUUCAAUGGGGAUUUUGAUUCAAACCACGUCGCUUAUUUACGUUUUCCCUUCUUCACUCAGUUUCGCGGUCUCAACGCGCGUUGGUAACGAGUUAGGGGCUAACCGUCCUUACAAAGCGCGGUUAUCCGCUGUGGUGGCGGUGUUUGUAUCUACCAUGACGGGCCUAUCAGCAUCCACCUUCGCAUCAUCCAUGAAAGAUAAGUGGGCCAUGAUGUUCACAUCAGAUUCUGAGAUCAUACGUUUGACAUCCAUCGCCCUUCCCAUCCUAGGGCUCUGCGAGCUCGGGAACUGCCCGCAGACCGUUGGAUGUGGGGUCCUUAGAGGAAGCGCACGUCCUUCCACCGCAGCAAACGUGAACCUUGGUGCAUUUUAUCUAGUGGGCAUGCCCGUUGCGGUUGGACUCGGAUUUUAUCUCGGAUUCGGGUUCUCGGGGCUUUGGUUGGGCUUACUUUCGGCCCAAGUUUGUUGUGCCGGGCUUAUGUUGUAUGUUGUGGGGUCUACUGAUUGGGACCUACAAGCGAAGAGGGCCCAGAUGCUGACGUGUGUAGAUACAAAGCUGCUAGAUGAUUGUGAUGAGAGUAAGGGUGAUGAACAAGAGCCGUUGGAUUCGUAUCAUUGUGAUUUUAGGCUGCUUAAUUAACCAAGUUUAGUAGUAAAACAAAUUAUUAGAGGAUUAUAUAAAACUCCCUUUAUUUAUUUAUUUUAGUAUUUUCUACUCUUUUUUUCUAUUUUUGUGAAUUAUUUUGUUAUUUUUUGUGAUGUCUUAAUUGUCAAAAAUAAAAUAGAUUUUUUGUUCCCUUCUAAA